AGACGAUUGAAGAGAACAUGUCAGAAAAUACUUGGACACCCAAUAGAAAGGAAGACCUCAAAUCUAGCCAGUAUACAGUUUAUCAGCGGGGUCACAGAAGAGUACGGGCCACAUUCACAGCUGCUCAACUUGAGGAACUGGAAAGAGUAUUUCAAGACACUCACUACCCAGAUGUUCAUACCAGAGACUGGCUAGCCACACGCACCCAUCUGUCAGAGGGGAGAGUCCAAAUCUGGUUCCAGAAUAGAAGAGCCAAGUGGAGACGCACUGAAGUGCAGGAAAGAAACAGCGUCCAGCUGGAGUGCACCACAAGCGAAUACACAUACCCUCUCAAGGCUUCCUGUUUCUUCACACUGAAGCAUCACCUGCCUGUGUCAUUCUACCCUCCUGUUCCUCUGUCUGAGAUCAGCACACAAGAACUGCACCCCUUUGUUGCGUCUCAUCAGUUCCAUGGACUGCCAUACCGGCCGUGGUUCUCAAACUUUACACCUCAUCAUGCCAACACACACAGCAAGCAGAUGCGUCUUCCAUCUCAUUUACUGCUUUAUUAAAAUGUUAUGCAAAAAAGACUAUAUGGAGAUUUGACACAGGAAUGUUAUGUACACAGCACUGUUUUUACAAUAUAUAUAUAUAUAUGUGUGUGUGUGUGUGUGUGUGUGUGUGUGUGUGUGUGUGUGUUUUGAGCUGUAAAUGACUUGAGUAAUCACAUUAAACUUUUUACAAAGGCAAUCUAUAUGACAUGGUAGUUGACAAUUCUGUGUCUCUAAGGACUGUUAGAAUCCUAUUAUGUAUAAUGUAGUAGACUAACCCAGUAAACCUUUCAGGCAGUAAAAAUGUUCAGGCAGCAAUACACAGUUCAGGGAAUUUUUCAUUGUGUGUGUUGUAUAUAUUAUAUCAGACAACAAAUUAGAUUAUACUAAUGCUUAACAUGUCCUAUUUUGGAUUCUUUGACAUAUCUCCAACCAUAGCAGAUGAGAUGUCUGUCUUUUUCUUCUUCUUCGUCUUCAGUAUUCUUUAGUAGUAGUGGUGUUCCACAUGGGUUUUCUUGUUGACGUUUCCAAUUAUCCCUGAAUUGGUUUAUUGCCCCUAUAAUAAAGUGUAAGCUUAUCUUAAUAUGCUUGGGUUCAUGUCCUGAUAGGGUGAUAGAUAAGGGCGUA